AGCAGAGAAUUUAACGAAAUGAAUAUGCAUGUAUAUAUAUAUAUAUAUAUAUAGUUUCUUCACAAGUCUCUUUCAGCUACUCAUAUUUCAUUCUAAUUUCUCGUUUGUGCAGGUGCAUCGUUCAAUAUGCCUGCAGCUUGGGAAAUUUACCGAAAGAAUUUCGCAAAUUGUACUAGCCGUUGAAUCCGCCCGGCCAAAUUGUGCGUUAGCAGUUCGGGCAUUGUGCUCCUUACAUUUCACUUUGGAUAAGGCCAAGUCAGUUAUCCGGCAAUGUUCUCAGUCCAGCAAACUCUACCUGGCAGUCAUGGCACACAAGAUAGUUUCAAGAUGUGAAAAAAUACGGAGUGAUCUGGAGUUAUAUUUGACCCAAAUUCAACAAGUAGUCCCAAUUUUGUUGGAUGCUGAGAUAUCUGGAACCAUACAUGAUCUUAGAGCUGCAGAAUUUUCCUUGGAAUUCGCAGAAGAGGAAGCUAGGAAGGCAUUACUGGAACUGCUUAAGAAGGACUUGCCCGGUUCAGGAUUUAUAAACGAUGUUGAACUUGAUGCUGUUCAGAUAGCAACUUUGAGCUUGAAAAUAGCUUCUCCUAUAGCUCUCUCAGAGGAGAAAGCAGCUCUCAAGUUGCAGAUUGACAAAGCCAAAGAUACAGGCCAAAGGGAGAUGGAACUUGUGAAAUACUUAUUAUAUCUUCUCAUCAAAUAUAGGAAAUUCAUUUGUCAGCUUCAAACUAGAAACCAGUCCGAGAAACAGGUCCGGCAUCAUCAGUCAAUGGAUCAUAAGCCGGAUGCGAAUGAUGCAAUGCAUCAGAAUCAAAUAGGAUAACCCAGUGAAUCUCCAAGUUAAAAGAUUCUUGGGUUAUGUCACCGGCAAAAUAAUUGUUUAUGCUGCUAUUUGAUUUGAUGUGUAUAAAAUCAGAACUUGAGUGGAAAGGUUCAAUGUUAUGUUUGGAGCCAAGGUAGAUUGUCCAGAAAUUUUUCCGCCGCCCCUACCCCCCUCCAAAAAAAAAUGUC